AAGGAAACCGCUGCAACUCAAGCCAGCGCGCAGAAGAUAAGAAGGUGAAAGAGGUGCUCUGCUUUCGUCCCUGGACGACGCGCAAGGACGGCACACAAUCGGAUCUUCAUCACAUCAUUCUUCAUCUUGAUAGAUGUCGUGUCCGGUUCAAGGCAAGGAGGCGCAGGCACCGCCAAGCGGCUGCCCUGUGCAGCACAGCACCACAACCAAGACCAGUGGCUGCCCGGUGCAGCAUGAUGCCGCAAACAAGCCCAGCGGAUGCCCUGUCCAGCACGAUGCACCGAGCGCCAAGGGCGACGUCCCUGCUGACAACAAGGAGCGCUUUGCUGACCAUCCCCUCGCCACCUCCACUCCCCCAUCAUCGCCCACCACCAAAGGCCCUCAGUCGGAGGACCAGCUGAGCAAUGACCGGCAGAAGGCCACCAUCCCGUCUGUGUCCGGCGACUGGUACUACCCGUCCGAGCGUCAGUUCUUCAAGGCGACUCUUGCCAAGGGCCACGACGACGUGAUGCCGAGCGACAUGCCGAUGGUGGUGGCCAUCCACAACGCCGUCAACGAGCAGUGCUGGCAGCGCAUCAUGGAGUACGAGAAGAUGCACGAGGACGAGUGCAGCACGCCCAAGCUGCUGCGGUUCAUCGGGCGGCCCGACCAGAUGAGCGUCAAGGCCAAGCUCAUGACCGCACUCAUGGGCUACCACAAGCCUUUCGACAGACACGACUGGUUCGUGGACAGAUGUGGCAAACAGGUACAUGUGCAUGUCUGUGAGGAAGCCGCGGACGGACACACGAGAGGGAUAUCUGUCUGUGCAUGUCCAUGUGCCCGUGGGGUGCAUGUGUCAGGUUCGCUAUGUGGUAGAUUUCUACGAGGGGGCCCCGUCCAAGUACUCGCCGGUGUCGAUAUACGUGGAUGCGCGGCCGGAGGUGGGGCUGGAGGGGUGCAUGGACAGGACAAAGAUGUUCCUCAAGAGAACCAACCUCAUCUCAUAGAGCAGAGCAAGGCAGGCAGCCGAGGCAAUAAGGCAGACAGGCAGUGGGUUUUUGGUGUUGGCUGAUGUCAGCCAGCUCGUGUGUGUGCGCGUGAGCUCUGCUGUGUGUAUGACAUGGCACUCAAUCGACUAAGUUUGUGUCUGUGAACGCCAUGAGGUGGAGGUGCGGCUAAGUGAAUCGUAACAUUUGUCAAGCCCGGUAGAGCAGGGGGCUCAGUAUGGUAGGUAUUCUCAAGUUUGAGACGUCAUGCGGUGGGUGAUUCGAGAAGCGCACGGGGGCAUAAAUAAAU